AUAUAACAUACGUUUUAAUCUUCUCUAUUCGAAGAAAGAAAAUUUACGAUAAUUCCCCUUGCAUUUCUCAUGAACUGUGGUGUCGUCUUGGGUUUUUAUUGCUGGGGUUGGAAACAUAUAACCGCCCUUCUCAUCUUCUCCCUCUAGUUCUCGAUAAUUUACAUACUCAGUAUAUUCCGCUUAAUAGACGUAGGUAAUUAGAUUUUGGUGAUGAUGGAGGAAUACAUGGUGACGAGGAAGUCAUCGCCGCCACCUUUUUUGGUGAAGACGUACAUGCUGGUGGAAGAUGCGGCGACGGAUGCGGUGGUGUCGUGGAACUCCAACGGAACGGGGUUUGUGGUGUGGCAGCCGGCGGAGUUCGCGAGAGAUCUGCUGCCGACGCUCUUCAAGCACAGCAAUUUCUCCAGCUUUGUUAGGCAGCUCAACACUUAUGGAUUUCGAAAAGUUGCUACAAGCCGGUGGGAGUUUUGCAACGACAUGUUCGGCAAGGGCAAAAAAGACCUCCUCUCCAAAAUCCGUCGCAGAAAAUCAUGGACACACAAGCCACAGCCCCUCACUCAAACCCUAAAAGAACAAUCUGAUCAAGACCAAGACCACGAAAGGUCGAAAACAACUUCUUCCACGUCUUCGUCGUCUGGAUACACAAGUCUUGUGGAUGAAAAUGAGAGACUGAAGAAGGAGAACGGGGCUUUGAGUUCCGAAAUUUCGACGAUGAAAAACAAGUGCAAGGAGUUGCUUGACAUGGUAGCUCUCUACUCCCAAAAGGAGAGAGUAGAUGAAGCUAAAGAUGAGGGGCCGAAGCUGUUUGGAGUGAAGCUUCAAGGUGAAAUUAGGAAGAGGAAGAGAGAUCAAGAGAGCAUUGGUGAUAGUAAUGCUCCACCUUUUUUUAUGUCUCAGUUAUGCAAGUUAAAGUUAGCUAGCUAAAUAAAUAAUUCAUAAUUGCAUACAUUAGGAGCUUAUAAAUUAUGUAAUAAUGUAAUAGAACUGCAAGUCCUGUGUAUAUCUGAAAGCCAUUUCAAAAAAGAUCUGGUUUAUAAUGUAUAUAUACACAUGCGGCCAUCAAUAGGUGAAUAAUACAUUGCACUCAUAUCAAUAUAUCA